AUGGCUUCGAAAUACGUCAACAAUGAAUCCAAACACACGCAACGUUUUGCGGAUAUUCCGGGAGAACCAAGACGAAUGCUCGGACCUAUUCAAGGCUAUGACAAAAUGCCACUCGUCUCACUAGAACAAGCAGUGGAGCCGCUCGUAUCCUAUGUACCUGAUGUCAAACGAAUGGUAUGGACCGUAAAACAAAACUGUGGUUCACCUGCUGAUGCUAAUGCUCAAUGGGCACCGAAUGGAGUAACGGUUGCAGGACGUCGUGAAGCAGGUAACACCACUGAUCGACUCAGCAAACCUUACAGUCUCUUCAUCACCAAUGAUCAAACUGUAGUCAUUGCUGACACGGACAAUCAUCGCAUCAUUCAAUGGAAGAUCGGUGAUCCGAAUGGACAAGUUGUAGCUGGUGGCCAUGAUAUAAUUAAUCAAUUAUCAACAAUAUUACCUAAUGAUGAUGCUAUGGCAGAAUUAUUAACAUUAAAAAUUGAUUCAAAUGGUAAAUUUCGUUGGCCAUUACUUUUUGUACUUAUAUCAGAUUCAAUUCGUAAAAUAAUUAUUCAAUUAAUUAAUGAAGAUUAUUUAGUAUUACUUGAUGUGCAUAUGAAUUUAAUUAAUCAACAAUUAUCAAAUACUUGGAAACGAACAUUAUUUAAAAUGAUUAAAAUUUCAAAUAAUUUCUGGAAUACAUUAACAUUAGAUAAUAAAAAAGAAUAUCUUGAAACAUUUUUAAAUCAUUUUCCAAAUUUAAUAUCAAUUAUAUUAGACAUUUCUAAUGAAAAUUUAUCACAAUUAAAUCAUCUUUUAUCAAUAACAAAAAUAAUUCUUCAAUAUAUUGAUUCAUCAUAUGAUUUUCAUAAUAUUGAAUUAAUUUUUCAAGAAACAACACAAUAUUCAAUAAUAAAAAAACUUUUAAUAUUUCCACAUUUACAAGCAGUAAGAUCGAAUAUAGCAUCAUCAAUAUUUUGGUUAAAAAAAUCAAUUCUUAAUGGUUUUAUUGAUGAACAAGCACGUUCUUAUCAAAUAACUGAAUAUUGUGAUAUUCUUGAACAACUUAUUCAAUUAGAUGUUAAUCAAUGGAAAUUAUUUCAAAUGAUUCUAACAUCAUUAUGGUCUCUUAUUUGUAUUAUUUGUAAAAAUGAUACUAAAAUAUCUGAUAUUAUUGAUAAAAUUCUUCAUUAUCUUCAUAUAAUUGAUAUUGAUAAACAAUGGUUAUUAAUUCGUGAUGCAUAUAAAGAAUAUUGUUUACAACCAUCAUGGUUAACAAUGUUAAAUUUAACAAAUAUAAUUAAUUGUGAAAAUGAAAUAAAUAAUCUCAUUAAAAAAAUUUCAACACAUACAAAUGAAGAUGAUAUGGCAUUGGAUGUAUUUAGACUUUGUCGUUGUUUAUUAACAAAUGAUGAACAAAUAAAACUUGAUCAAAAUCAAAUCAUUAUUAAUAAUUUAUCAAUAAGUAUUCAAUCAAAUAUUGAUUUAUUAAAACAAAUUGAAAAUCUUGUUUCUGGUCUUAUCAAAGAAAAAAUUCAUAUAUUUCUUCAAUCAAUAAAAAUAUUUCAAACAAUUCCAUUAACAAAUAUUAAUAUUCAAUCAUGUCCAUUUGAAACACUUUUUCCAUUAUGGAAAGUUUUAUUUGAUGUUAAUUGUAAUUAUUCAUUAAAACUUUUUGAAUCUAUCUCAUCUAUAUUAAUAUCAUUUCAUGCUCUUGUUGUAUCAAAACCAAUUCCAUUAAUUCAAAAAAUAUAUACAACAAAUAUGGCAGCAGCACUUUGUACAUUAGCAAAUUCUCGAUUAAAUAAUCAUCAAAUGGGAAUAUCAACUAUUGAUUUACCAAGUGUUCCAUCAAUAAUGUCAAUUAUUCGAACAAAUAUUCUUCGUCGAUGUUCAUCACCUUGUACAACACCAUCAACUAGAUCAAUUCGAGCGAAUAUAAUGCCAUGGAAUAAUAUUCCACUAAAAAAAUCAUCAAAAACAAUUAUACCACGAACUUCACCUUAUUCAAAUAUAACUUUAACAAAAAUGCAAGUUUCAGUUGCUCAUUAUGUUAAUUAUGCACAACAAACAUUAGUUCAUUUUAAACAAUCGGAUUCUAUUCAAAUUAUUAUUGAUGCAGCUGUUUCUUAUCAUCUGUUGGUUACACAAUGGUAUGAUGCAUUUAUGACAUAUAAUGUUCUUGUAUGUCAUUCAUUAAAUCCUAAUCAAGAAAAUCAAAUUAAUUAUGGUUAUCAUAUUAUUCAAUAUGGCCUUAAAUUACUUCGUGAUCUUAUUGUUAGUAAAAUAAUUCUUGAAUCAACAUUUACUAAAAAAGGUGUUCGUUUCCUAUUUGAUGAUAUAUCACGUUUAGAAAAUUGUCUUCGUUCAUUAUCAUUAGAAAAAUAUCCUAAUUUAAGAAAUACACUUCGUUUACUUCAUAUUGAUAUAAGUCGAUCGAAAUUCGAUUUUAAACCACCAUCACGUUCACUUGCAUUGAAAGGGAAAUUAGUACGAAAAUUUCAAUUUGAUAUUGAUUCACAUGAAAUUACAAAACCUUUACCAAUAUCUGAAAUAUCAAAAACAAUUCCUUUACCACUAAUAGUCGAUCAUGAUAAUAUUAAAUUAUCAAAAACUGAUUGGGAAAAUGCUUUUCAACAUGAAACUCGUAAACAUAAACAUGUUAAUUUAACAUCAACGAAUAUUAUUAGACAUAGAUUAACAGAUAAACGUAAUCGAGAUGUUAUAAACGAUGUUCAAACUCGUGUACAAAGAUUAGCUAAUGAUAUUUUAAAUCAAUAUACAAAUAUGAAUGAUUUAACUGAAAUCGUUCGAAAUAAUACGACAAUUGGAGAUGAUAUUGAAUCGAUGUAUCCAAGUUCAAUAUCAGGAAAAGAUUUUGAAUUACAAUUGAAUCUUAUGCGUGAUCAUUUAAAAAAUGAUAAUACAAUUAUUAAAAUGUAUAAAACAGCCGAUCAAAAAGUUGCUUCGAUUGUACCUGAUGGUAAACUUGAUAAUCGACCAGCACUUCAAUUAACAACUGACCGUGAACGAUGGACAUAUCAAAUGUUAAUUGAAACACCAACUAUUACUCGCAUGAUUGAUUUAAUUGUUCGAGGAUUUCGUUCAAAUUGGGAACAAUUACAUAUUCGAAGUGAUCCAAAUAUUCAACAUGAAAUUCGUUGGUGUAUUAUGAUUGAUAAUUCAGGUUCAAUGAGUAUUCAUCGUAAUGCUAUUUAUGAAAGUUUAGUUGUAUUAAUGGAAUUAUUAAGAAAACUUGAAAGUAAAUUUGCUGUUGCUCGUUUUGGUGGACGUACAAAUCAAAAAAUUUUAAAAAAUCUUGAUGAUCUUUUUACUAAUCAAGAUGGUCAAUAUAUAUUAGAAGCAUUAACAUUUGAUGAAGGUACAUAUCCAGCGACAGGACUUGCACGUGUUGCUGAUCGAGUAUUUCCAGAAAAAAAAACUAAAACAACAACAACAGAUGUUAAUAUUCAUCAAUGUAUUAUUAUGAUAACAGAUGGUUUAACACAAGAACGUGAAAAUACAACAUAUACAGGAACAAUGGCUAAAUAUAAUAUCGAUCUUGGAAUUUUAUUUAUCGAAACAGAUAGACAAGAAACAAGUGAAGUACUUCUUGCUUGUUUAGAAAAAGUACAAAAUGUUGUUAUUAAAUCAAAUCGUAUGGCCGAAUCACCACAUUUAAUUCCAAUAUUAUUACAUAAAAUGAUUGGUCAAUGUUUGAAAAAAUCAAAUUUUGAAACAGAAUCAAACAUUGCACCACCAACUAUACAUAUUGAAGUGCCGAAAUACCAAGAAGCUAAUUCAAUAGUUAAUAAACCAUCGAAUGAGAAGCUUAAAUAUUCAAGUGUUAAUCCCAGUUCAUAUAUGAUUAGUAAACCUACAACAAACAUUCCCGGAUUAUCUCAGGUUCAUAAAAAAUUGACAGAAUAUCUUUCACGUGAAACUGAUUAUACAGACUGUGUUUCACAUGCUGUUAAUACACUUCGUCUUUAUUAUCAAUCACUAAAAACAAAAUUAAAAAUAUUAGAUGCUGAAAAAACCUGGUUUGAUAAUGAACAUCGAUUUUCAGCUUUAAUCGAUGAUGUAUCAAAAGUUCUUGGUGAACUUGUUUUUCCAUUUAAUAGAUUUACACGACGUCGAGGAGCACUACGAGGUUCGUCACUUUAUAUGCCCGGUGUUAUUAAAGCAAUAACAAGUGAUUGGAAUUAUAAAAAAAUUUUUGGUGCUAAACUUGCCGGUGGUAAACGUAAUCAUACUGUAUGUCUUGUAAUUGAUGUUUCAACAUCAAUGUUUGGAACAUUAAGUAUUGGUACUCUUGAUGGAAUUGUUGUGUUAAUUUGUGCAUUAAGAAAAAUUGGAAUUGAUAAUUUUUCAAUAAUAGUUUUUGGUCGAAAUGUUCGAUUAAUAAAAACAAAUGAACAAGGAUGGGAUGCAUUAACAAUUUAUACAUUAAUGGAAGAACUUCGAUUUGAUCUUGAUGAUGGAACAAAAGAUGCUGAUGGAAUUGAAGCUGCUAUUGAUCUUCUUGGUCAAUAUUCAAUACGAGGUGAAAAGAAAAUAUUUAUUCUUACUGAUGGUUAUAGUAGUUGUGGAAAUAAAUUAGCUUUGGUUCAACAACGUGCUGAACAAAAUGGAAUUGAUCUUAUUGCUAUGGCUAUUGGAAUUGAUAAAACAAAUUUAGAAUCUGUUUAUAAAAGAUAUCUUCAAUGUGCAACAAUUAAUGGUCUACCGAAAGCUUUACGAGCUUUAUUUGAACAUGAAACUCGAGUUAUUUCACUUGAAUGGUCAUCAAAGAAUUCUGAUCAAGAUAAUAAAAUCGAUCGAAAUUUAUUAGAAGAUCUUUUUGAUGAAAUUAAAUCGAAAAAAAUUUUUGAAUCAAUGAUUAAUGAAUUAGCCGGUCAACGUCAUAUUAAUUUGAUUCAUAUUGAUUCACCAUCUCCAGAUAUGAUUAUGGAUAUAUGUUUUUGUCUUGAUUGUACAGGCAGUAUGUCUCGUUGGCUUGAUGUUGUUAAAAGUCAAAUGAGUAAAAUCAUUUCAGAUAUUCAAAUUGCAAUUACAAAUAAAUAUAGAUUACUUAAGUUACAGAUGCGUUUUGCUGUUGUUGCCUAUCGAGAUGUUGGAGAUGAUCCACAAUUUUCUAUUUGUGAUUUCACAGAUAAAAUUGAAGAAUUCACUCGAUUUGUUAAUAAUUUAAAAGCAAUGGGUGGUGAUGAUUUACCUGAAGAUGUGCUCGGUGCUCUUCGUACAUGUUUAGCAUUACCAAGUUGGAAAGCAAAAAAUGCUCGUUUUAUUGUUUUAAUUACAGAUGCACCAGGUCAUGGAGAAUUGAAUGAUCAAUUUACUGAUAGAUUUCCACAGGGAGUUGGUACACGUACAUUUGAAGAAAUUUGUGAUCGUCUUCUUACAAAAACUGUUGAAACUGAUUUGAUAUUCUGUUGUAUUAAAAAAGAUGCUACAAAGAAAAUGACUGAAGCUUUUUAUAAUUAUUAUCAAAAGAAAAAAGAACAAACAGAUAAAACAUUUACUGUUGUAUAUCCAUUUACAGAUGACGAACCAGGAAUACAUUCAUAUCAUUUUAUUCUUUUACUCGAUGGAUCAAGUACAAUGAGUUAUCAUUGGAAUGUGUUAGAAAAAGCUUAUGUAGAAUUUUUGGAAAGACGUAAAAGAAAUCAAGGUGUGGAUGAUAUUUUUAGUGUCGUUCAAUUUAGUAGUAAAGCAGAAAUUGUUUAUCAACGAAAACAGCUUUCUGAUGCUCCUCGUACAAUUCAACAAUUACAUGGUGGUACAAAUUAUUAUAUUGCUUUAGAAGAAGCAGAUAAAGUUAUUAAAGCUGAUUCAACAAAAUCAUCAGUUGUGAUGAUUUUCAUGUCAGAUGGAAUAGAUUUAUCAAAUAAAAAUCCAACAGCACUCGUAGCUCAUCUCAAAAGCAAAUACGAAAAAAAUCACAGAUUUAUUUGUCAUACUGUUGCUUUUGGUGAUGAACUUGUUGGAAAAGAUGGAAAAACUGAUUUAUUAAAAGCUAUGGCAGAAGCUGGAGGUGGUCAACUUUAUACAGCCUUGAAUGAUAAUCAGUUAAUAAAUGCUUUUGGUACGAUCGCUACAAAUAAUAAGGCGACAGAGACACUUAUUAAACUUUUCUCAGACACUCUUACUGAGACAAUGAGAGAGCAAAUCAUGCUUGACUUUCUUUAAAUUCAUUUCUUUUUUUUUAUAUUGCAUGAUGAAAUAAAUAACUAAAAUAUGUGAGUGAAAAAUUUUCUAUUGAUUUUCUAUUGAGUAAUUUUGAUGCAAAUUGUUAUUAUUAGAUUAAAGAAAGUUGUAUUUUAUAAAUACGUGUUAGACAAAAAAGAAUAAAUAAUGAAUAUAUUGGUUUAUAUGUGUAAGAAGUUUUUUUAAACUUUUAAUAUUCAAAUGAAAAUGAAGAAUUUUUAAACAAUCAAAAUACGAAAAUUCGCAUCGGUUUUAUGAAAAUGAAAUAAAACUUUCAAAACGAUAUGGUAUAGUAUUCUGUCAACAAAUUCAAAUUUACUUCUAGUCAAAACUC